AUGUUCCUUGGGCCGGCCGGGUUGGAAUUCCAACCGUACGAUUGCCAUCAUGCGGUUCACCCUCGUCCCCCCUCUGGGCCACACUUGAACCUGGUUGUCCAACUGCACCCCUCUGGUUCCUCCCACUUCUCCCUCUCGACUGCUCCCUCUCUCCUUCCUCGACUUCUUCAUCGCUGCCGCUGCUCUCUUAACGUGCCUCCUCCCUAUAAGAAGGAUCAUUCCACUCAUUACUUUCAGUAUCAAGUAGUGUUAAAGCCCGUCGCCCUGCAGACUGGAACGCAUUCUCCGGACCCCCUUCAACCCCGUUUCCUCCUCGCCGUCCCGCUCCUCGUCCUCUCCCUCGCAAUGGUGAUUGCCGGCGAGCCGUGGCCGACGCCAUCGCCCGCUGCCGCUGCGUCAGCGGUGAGCGGAAGGUCCCUGCCUGUUGCCGCCUCUGAGACUGCUGCCCUGAAGCCGCCGCUGCCUCCCGCAUUGAAGGCUGCGUCCUCGGCCCCUGUUGCUGCUGCUCAGCGUCCGGCUCCCCCUGCUCCUGUCGCUGCUCCCGCAGGACAGGAUCCUGCCGCUGCUCCCGCUCCCCCUGCUCCUGCCGCUGUUCCGGCUCCCCCUGCUCUUGUCGCUGCCCCAGUUCCCCCUGCUCCCGAUGCUGCUGUUCUGGUUCCUCCCGUUGAUCUUGGCGCCCCGCCAGUCGCCGCUGCCCCGGUUGCGCCGGCCGCCGCCGUGGGCUCUGCCGCGCCGGUGGUGUCUCAACCGGCGGUGUCUGCCACCACUGCCGGUCAGUCCCUCGUGGUGGGACCUGUUGAAGCUCCCGCCCCUCCAGCUGCGGCGAUAUCUGUGCCGCUCCCAAACGUCCAGGCGGUGCCUGAUCCUGCGCCGCUCGCUGCUGUUCCCCCUGCUCAGCGUCAGCUGUCUCCGGGCCGCCGGCAGCCACGUGACGAGCGAGAGAUGACGCGGCGGCGACGCGACUCUCCCCGGUGCCGUGGUUCCCAGGCAAACUGGGCUGCGUCCCGCGGUGGUCGCGGUGGCUGGUGGGGAGGGCGCGGGCGUGGUGGUGACUGGGGGUAUGAUCGGACGGUGUCGAUGGCCGAUCUGCAGCGAGCUGUUUCUGCUGCUGUGCGCGAGGAGCGGAACGGGCAGGCGAGCCAGAGCAAUUCGCCUCGCGUCGCUCCAGCGCAUGCGUCUCCUCCUCCAGCUGCGCCCUAUGCGCCGGCGCCUCCUCUUCCCCAAUCGGUCGUUCCUCCUCCUCAUGUUCACUCUGCAUCUGCUGCUGCACACGUGAACCGUAUGCGCCUGCCGUGGGUUCCUCCUGUGGCAGGGGGACCCGCGACGGGUCAGUAUCCAUCUCUAUUGCCCGUCGAUCCUGCUCCGCCGGCUGCUCCGCUACCUCAACUGUCGCUGGUGGGGCCCUCUCCUUCCGCUGUGGUGCCGGAGGCGUCUCUGGGUGGCCAUCGGGACGAGUGCCUAGAUGCCGCUGAUCGGCUGGGCGAGCUCCUGGCGCCCGUGUUGGCUGCGCCCGCGCGGGGUGGAGUUGCGGGCGUUGGACAGCUUGGGACGGCAGUCCGUGGGCUGCGCCGGUUUUUGCGCGAAGGGACUGCAGUCGACUUGAUCGGCGCAACCACAGUGGUGGUGCGCAAGCUUCAUCGCUCUCUGAUGGGUCUUCUCGCCGUCCUUGACGCGGAUCAGAUGUAG